AUGGUUGAUUCGCAAGUUCUACCCACUUCAAUUAUCGAAAUGGUCUAUAGUGCGAGGCGACAGGUGCUUCUCAUCCUGGCUUGCGUUGCCUGGAUUGAGUUCGCGAUUCAUUUCUCACCGCAGAUUGAAAAAUUUGCCCAUGAUACCCUCGCAUAUAGAUCGGCAAUUUCUGAAGAAAUUGUUCCGGUUACCUAUGGACCUGAGGAUGAACAUUCCCGCCUUUUACAAAGCCUUGAACGGUCCAAUGGGAAGUGGGAUUCUUCUCACCCUCGACAUAGAUUGUUGACUGCCCUGUAUGGCUUUACCAAAUACAAAGAUGGGAGUCAAUCAGACAUCAACCGCUGGAAGGAUCUCUACAAAAAAGUUCCAAAGCGACAAAAAUUGCUACUUGAGUCGGCCGUUGACUAUCCCCGCAAGCUGGAAAGCAUUAAUCGCCUACUGGAUUUGAAUGUCGAACUUGCCAGCUCCAUAGCAGACUAUGGAUUAAGGUUUUACAACAUCAGUCAGAUCGAACUAGACGAAUUUAUCAAAGAAGCCGAGGCCCAAGGCAAGCGAAUUGAUAAGACGAGCGUCACACAGGGAAUGAAGCACUUUGUGCGUGAUUGGUCGGAGGACGGUCAUGAAGAGCGACUGAAGACUUUCCAGUGUAUCCUGAACUCGCUUGAGCAGGAGGUCAGAACUAUCGAUGCUCCCCUGCGCGUGUUACUACCCGGAGCGGGACUGGGUAGACUCGCUCACGAGAUUGCGAACCUAGGGGGCUUCAAAGUCACCAUGAACGAAUGGUCUGCAUACAUGAACUUAGCCUAUAGAUUCCUGGCAAGUCGACCGGAACAGAAUAGCGUGUCAUUCCACCCAUACACAGACUGGUGGUCCCACCAUGCCACAACAGCUGAUUUGAAACGAUCCGUGACCUUCCCAGAUCAGGUCGCCGAUGCAUCGUCCGUUCUACACGUUGAAGGGGAUUUCACAACAGUUUUCAGUGGAAAUACAGGCCAGUAUGAUAUCAUCGUCACCCUGUUCUUUAUCGACACUGCUCGCAAUCUGGUCUCGUACAUUGAGAAUAUCCAUCGAUUGCUCCGCCCUGGUGGCCGGUGGAUCAAUCUGGGUCCUUUGAUGUACGGAACUGGCCCAUUCGUGCAGUUAUCGUUAGAUGAGAUUGUGGCUUUGAGUACUCGCGUUGGUUUCAAGUUCCGGGAGACGAAUGCCGAUUUUGGUGAAGUUACAGUACCGGGUCUGGAUGUACGAGGCUCUGAGAUUGCCUAUGGCCGCAAUCCUCGAGGGCUGAACAAAAAUGCCUUUCAGGCUCAGUACUGGGAAGCAGUCAAGCUCUAG